UUAUGUGUUCGCCUUUCUAAUGGGGAAAUGCACCUUCUCGCUCACUGUCGACAGUUUGAAUCAACUUUAUUGGUAAGCGGUGUCAUUUGGUAAUAUGUCAAACAUGGGGGCACGGGUCGCGCGUAUGUUCCGAAAUUUCAACCUGGAGAACCGCGUACACCGAGAAAUCUCCAAGGAGAAGCCGAGAGCGGCUCCCCGACACGAGGUCAGCCUCCCGCCCUCCGCCGGCAGUCCUGAAGCUGUGGAGGCAGCGGAGUCAGUGAACCAGAAGAACGACCCUCUGCUGACCCUCCUGAAGUCCGUGUAUGUGGAGUCCAAAGAUCCAGCAGCGCCAGAGGAAACAAAGGAAGUGACGGUGGGUGUAGAAGCGGAGCGGCGGCAGCUGAAGUACAGUUUACCGGCGGAACUUUACAGCAUGGUGGAGCUCACAGAUGUCCCUAAAGGCAAACUGACCAUCGUUGAGGCUCUGAAGGCUCUGAGCAGCCACCAGCGUCAGCCUCAGAUGUGGACGCCGGCAAAGAUCGCUCAGGAAUAUUCUCUGGACAUGAAGGACACCAAAGCUCUUCUAGAGUUCUUCAUCCCCUUCCAGGUUCAGAUCAUACCCCCAAAGACUGCAAAUGCCAAGCAGAUAAAGGCUUCGUAGGACUGGAUUGUUGGUGAAUGGCAGGAAAUCGACAAAAUAUGACCUGACUUAUUUAUGUGCAUCGAUACAUUGCAUUGGGAGAGCAACCUGACUGUAACUGAUUGAGUUUUUCAAACCUAAUGUUUGUACCCAAUGUGGGGUUUCCUUUUAUGUAAGUGGAAUCAUAGGAUACUGUAUGUAUACGGUUGAGUUAUUCAUCUUUAGCAAACAAACAAAGAAAAAUCGAAUUAAUAAUGCGUCUAUAUAGUCCCUUCGAUAAUUCCUCUAUGGUAAAAUACAAAAGUAUUUAUACUCAAGAUCACACAUUUUGAAAUGGCCAGAGGUCCAAAAAAAGGUUGAGGAAAAAACCUGAUUUGAAGGAAUAGUUCAACAUUUUGGGAGAUGAGCGAGAUGAAAAGGAAAUAUCAUGUCUGUGUAUACGACACUGGAGCCAGGAUGGGGUUAGCCUAGCUUAGCAUAAAAAUAGAAGAAAAAGAAUAGUUGCAGCCCGUAACUUUCUCCAAAACUGCAAAUUAUCAUUUUGACAUUUGUGUUUUUGUACAGAGUAAACAAAUAAGAUGGCAUGUUUAAAAAAACAAACAAAAAAAAAACCCAUCAACAGGCUAGCUGUUUCCCCCUGCUUCCAGUCGUUAUGCUAAGCUAAGCUAACAACGUCCUAACUCCGGCUCUGUAGUGUGCCACUCCUC